AUGACGGCCCUCGGCAACCCCGCGCACCUGCUCCCCCCCUCGUGGAAGACCCAGAUCACGGGCUGGCUCGCCGAGGACGCCCCGUCGUUCGACUACGCCGGCUACGUGGUCGGCGAGGGCGAGCGCACCGCCACCCUGCUGGCCAAGUCGCCCGGCGUGCUGGCCGGCCGGCCCUUCUUCGACGAGGUCUUUGCCCAGACCGGGUGCCGGGUGACGUGGCACGUGGCCGAGGGCAGCGCGCUGCCGGCGACGCCGUCCGCCGCGACGCCGGCGGCCUGCGCGACGGUGACGGGCCCCGUGCGCGGCAUCCUGCUCGGCGAGCGGGUCGCCCUCAACGCGCUCGCGCGGUGCUCCGGCAUCGCGAGCGCCUCGGCGUCCCUGCUGGCCCGCCUGCGCGCCGCGGGCUGGCCCGGCGUGCUGGCCGGCACGCGCAAGACCACCCCGGGGUUCCGCCUCGUCGAGAAGUACGGGCUGCUGGUGGGCGGCGCCGACCCGCACCGCAUGGACCUGAGCGCCAUGGUCAUGCUCAAGGACAACCACGUCUGGAGCCGGGGGGGCCGCAUCGCCGACGCCGUCGCCGCGGCCCGCGCGGCGGCGGGCUUCAGCGCCAAGGUCGAGGUCGAGGUGCGCUCCGAGGCCGAGGCGGACGCCGCCGUCGCCGCCGGCGCCGACGUCGUCAUGCUGGACAACUUUGCCGCGGGGGAGGUGGCCGCCGUCGCGGCGGCGCUCAAGGCGCGCUGGGCGGGGGGGGGAGGGCAUGUCGACAUCAUCUCGACGAGCUCUAUCCACCAGGGCGUGCGGCACGUCGAUUUCUCGCUCAAGCUUGACCACUGA